GAAAAAGGGGAAAAGAAGAAAGAGGAGAAAGAUUUACAGAACUAAACAGAGAAGAUAGUGAUAUCCGAUGAGAAAACAAAGAGAUUCGAUCAUACACACAGCGCCAUCACUCGUCAAACAUCGCACAUUAUCAAUAAUGUAAAAAUGCAGCGCCCAUGGCAGUAACAAGUAGGCCUAUCCUGAGUAUGGCAGGCAGGAUUGGAAAUGUUACGUGUAAAUCAGUAUUAAAAUGCCACAUCCACUGUCUUUCUGGACAUUUUACAGUUACCGGAUUGAGAAAACACAGCGUAUGGAAUGUAUUGAGUGAAAAACAGAGUCUAUUUGUGAAUCCAGUCGCGGGCUUGAAUGUUCAUAAACGUUUUCAGUUCACACAUUCAACUCGGCUUCGGAAUAGGAGGCUAGAUCUGCCCAAAAGAUCUCAAGAGUUUAUCUCGAAUUUGAGGAGCCUGGAGAGGGAAACACUUUUAGCUGAAUUAUUGAAGUAUCAAAAUGUAAAGAAAGUAGAAACCAGUACUGAAACUAAUCUAGAUACAGAUCUUCCAGAGGCAGCAGGUGUACCCAAUCCAACUCGGCAGCAGUUAAGACUAGUUGCCUUCAGCAAUGCCCUGCCAUUUAUUGGAUUUGGAUUCUUUGACAAUGCCAUCAUGAUCAUUGCAGGUGAUUACAUUGAUGUGACGAUAGGAGGUGCACUGAGUAUAUCUACAAUGGCUGCUGCAGCCUUUGGAAAUAUGAUUUCUGAUGUGGCAGGGAUCGGAUUGGCUGGUACUGUAGAGGCAUUUGUAUCAAAGAUAGGUGUACAGAUUCCAGUACUCACCCCUGAACAACAGGAUCUUACAAAGAUCAGAUGGACUGCUAGUAUGGCACGUGCUGUGGGCAUUGCGAUAGGUUGCUUCAUUGGGAUGUUCCCACUUCUCUUCCUCAAAACAAAAGAAGAUAUAGAAAGCGAAGAUGAGGAAAAAGGGACGACGUAGAAGUAUGUCAACUUUUCUGAGUUACUAUCCCUUUCCCAUUUACAGGAUUCUAAUUUGUAAUGCUGCAAAUAUUACUGGUUUUAUUUUCUCUCUCAACCUUUAGUCUGUGCUCUCUCUCCCUCUCUUUCUCUCUCUCUCUCUUACCGGUAUAUAUACAGUAUAUGUACAUUUGUAUAUUGGCAAAACACAGUUGCAAGCAUUGACUAAUGUUCUAUCUAAUAGCUAAUAUAACAGAUUGGAUUGUAAUUUGGCAUACAUGUAUGUAAGCCAUCAUUAUUUUAAAUUAUCAAAUGCAAUAUUUUGCAAAUGUUUGCCACUGUGUUUUUGUGGAUCUGAACUUGUGUAUUAAAGGUAAAUACAAUUUUAGGUGUAGUAUUUUAUAAUAAUGUAGGUGUGCAAUAUAUACUUUUUAUAAUGAAUGUUGAUUCUUGUGACAAAAUAAAGACUGCCUCUGGUUUCUAGCAACUGGUAUGAUUGAUGCUUGUAGUUGUAGAUGUGCUGUGGUCCAGUGGAGAAGUCUCCUGGAGUGUGAACCACAAGGUACAGAUCCCUGUUGCAGCACUCUAUGUCCUUUGGCAAGAUAUUAAUCUACUUUUGGCCCAAUCCGUCCAGUUGAGGUAAAUGGGUACCUGGCAGGAUUUAAUUCCUUAAAAUUCUUGAGUGCUGUAAUGGCAGCCAUGCUAAAUAUAAAUUCAAGUUUGUUAUUGUUAUUAUCCUCUAUUCUAUCAAUAAGUUGGGAAUAGUGAUCACAUCCUGACUUGUAUUCAGGGUUAUAAGAACAUUUUCACUUGGAAGUGUUAUAUUGUUACUAUUAAACCAUACCAUUGUUAUCUGGAUCUGUUAAGACUUAAGAGUGUGUUUUUGUUUUCUCUCAGGUACUAAUAAUCAAAACUGAAUUCAUAGGAAGUUGAUAUCUGUCUAAUCAAUAUAACCUUGAGUACUAAUACAGUUUAAUGUGAUUAUGUAAACAAUGGCCCCGUCUUUUAGAGAGACGUGAUCGAUCCAAAUCUCGCAAGUCCUCUUAUCAAUCACAAGUCUACAUUCUCCCAUCUCCUAUGUAAAUAGUUGCAAUUUAUAUCAAUCACAAAGAAGUUGCAAUCAAUAUCAACUCUUUAUAAGACGAGGCCCAGGUGUAUGAUUCUAAGAUCAGGUUGAGCUUCUGUCUUUUGUGACGAUCGCAGAUUGAUGAAUGUACUUUAAUAUAAUGCUUGUACCACAUUUUCAUGAAGCUUAUUAUACAUCAAAGGGCAGCAGUGUUGAAGUUAUGUAAUUUCAUUCAGUGAAACGUGGCAUAAUCGGUGUAGGGCCUAUGGUUGAAGCUUUCCUGUUAUAGCAUCAUAUAUUAUGUUUUAUAAACACAUUGAAAUUCAAUUUUUUAAAUCUUAAAACAAGUUAAUGUAAGAGUGAGAGUCGUUCAUAAAUCUAAACUGGGAAUAGAUCAUGCUCACACUGGAGCAUUCACACGCUUCCAAGAAGUUCCAGAAAGAGAGAUUCUGAUGACAAUCAAAAUCUCACUUUUCUUGCGCUCGUUCACACGCUGGAAAAACUCUCACCGAGAUAAUGACACCUGUGUAGUCCAUUCCUGAAUACAGACCCAAGUUGUGGGGCCCUCACCCCAAGUGUGGUGCAACUUGGGAUAAAAAAGAUUGAGAUUUAAAUCUCACUAUUGUUCACACACACGAUGCUCAACCGUGUUAAUGGUAUUUUUGGAUUCGCAUGCAUU